ACCCACCCCCCACAGAGCAGAAAGCGUGAAAAAUCUCACUAAUGGGUUUAUUUGCUGUCAGAUCUGCGCCGAUCUGUCAUUCCCCGGGACCAUUCCACUUGACAUAUUUCAUAGUUGAGUAAACCGCCUGGCUUCUUGGCUAGAGUUAGUUGCCCCAGCUCCAGAAACACACGGCUGCCUGCUCAAAGAUCAUCAGGAGGAGUGCAGAAGCAGACAGCCAAACCAGGAGUCCUUCAGCCCUGAGAGUUCUUGCAGUCCUCCAGUUUGCAGUCCAGUCAUCCUGUUUGGGGUCCUUCUAUUUUCGUAAACGGGCCAGAACUUUAUCCUUUCAUUUGACAGUUUGGACAGACCACAGGACCAGUUGUCCAAAGAGGCUUCCUCAUAGAGUUCGAAGUGAUUUCUGGGUUGAUUCAGUGUGUGCUUAAAGAUGUGGUGUGGGCUGCUGGCUGUGCUGGUUGCAGUGUUCUGGACCCAGUAUGUCCUGCUGGAAGGGGUGGAUGCGAAGAAAGAGAGGAAGAGGCCAAAGGAGACUCCGGCACAGCACACAGAGGCAUACAACACCACCCUCUCCAACAGCGAAGAGGUUGGCAGGAGCACCAAGAUUCCUGACAACCAGAAAGUAGAUCCUUUAGGAUCAUGGAUGGACUUUGUGAAGCGACCUGUCGGCAACUUUCCUGGGAAAUGCCGCAGACGCAAAAGGCCACUGCCUGGGCCCCCAGGACCUCCUGGUCCACCAGGCCCCCAGGGACCUCCUGGAUCUCCAGGGGCAGAGGUCACCCAGGAGGUUCUUCUCCAGGAGUUCAAAGAGAUGAUAAAAGAAGCUACAGAGAGGAGAGCUGCUACAGUGGACAGGCAGACCAGCACCGGACCAAGUCAGAUACCCACGGCCCUAAUUGCUCUGGAAGGAGUGACCUCUUACAGAAGGAUAGAGGAAGCCUUCCACUGUAAACUCAAAGGACCCGUGGUUGUCGACAAGAAGACACUGACGGAGCUACAGAACUUUCAGACGCCUCCUGCUAAAGGUGCCUUCCUCAGAGGGACAGGAAUGGACCAAUCCACAGGGCGAUUCACGGCUCCCCUCACAGGGAUUUACCAGUUCUUUGCUAAUGUUCAUAUUGACCAUAGUGAGGUGAAGAGGAGUAAGAGUCAGCUGAGAGCCAGGGAUAAUGUACGAGUGCUCAUCUGUAUUGAAUCCCUGUGCCACCGAUAUACGUCAUUAGAGAUGAUCGUUGGAUUGGAAAGUAACAGCAAGAUCUUCACUGUGUGUGUACAAGGCUUACUGGAACUGCAGGCGGGGCAGUAUACCUCGAUAUAUGUGGACAACGGCGCUGGGGCGUCCAUCACAAUACAGAACGGCUCUGACUUCAUGGGGAUGUUGCUGGGUGUAUAGCCUCUCCUCCCACCUAUGUGCUGAGGGGGUACAUGACCUGUCACCAUUGGACAACAGGCCUGUAUCACCUGUAUAUAGUUGGACUAGUAACAGACGCCCUUCUGCCCAAUCACCACCACUCCAUGGAGGAGAACCGCUGAGGGCGGAACGCCAUGCAGCCAUUGAAGCUUUCCAUUUUAAACGUUUGAAAACUUCGCUGUCCCUCCACGGACAAUAUGUAAAAAAUAAAUAAAUAAUAAAAAGCACUUCCAUGGGUGAAGAAAGACGCUUGUGCCGACAGAAAAUCAGAAUACGCAAGACUCUGAAUCCUUUAAUUCACUCAGUGAACAUUUUGAAUUUGAGAAUGAAAAACAAAACCAGUUGCAGAUUAUUUUUUAUAAAAUAGUCUGAUAAGGAAAAUGCUAUAAUGGAUAUUUUUCUUUAAACUGAAAGGUUUUCAUCAUCUGAUGUGGGCAUCUUCAUUUGUGUGGCAGUGACUGCCAUCCAUAGACUCUGGGAGUGUGUAUAUACACUGGAUGACGUUUUAAAAAAGUAAGAAAAUAAAUAUCAGUACAUGUUGAAUUACUGCUCAAUUCCUCAUCUGAGCUUGCAAAAUGCAGGAACAUUUUGAAAAAUCCAACCAGAAUCUUUGGAAAACCAAGGAAUGCUGGGACAAGUACAUACAUAUUUGCCACCCUACUCUCAGCAAAAUGACCUCUUAUGAACGUCAUAUCUACUGGGCUCUUGUGGAGUCUACAGCCCACUGAAAAAAAUAGAGGAAACAUUGUCCUCUGUAUGGAACUGUUUUGUCUGAUUCAAACCCAGUGUAAGGAAUGUGGGUAGAGCAUUGAAAUGAAGUGCAAGUGUGUUGGCCAUUUUGUUUUAUACCAAUGUAUUUAAUAAACAGUGUUUCUAAGAUACGCUAAUGUUAAUGAUGUGACUGCCAUGGUAACAAAUGGCAGUCAGUAGACCGAUCAUGCAUCUAUUCAAUUAAAAAAAUAUAUCCCAUAUUGUAUAUAUUUUUCUGGUGUGCAUAUCUUUAUGUAUGUUCUACCAUAUAUUUGCUGAAGUUGUCUGUAAAAUACAAUCAUAUUUCAUUACACACUUUUUUAAGAGUUUACUAUGGACAUACUACAUGGAGAUUAUAAAGAAGUGUAACCAGAAGAUGUAUAAUAGAAAAUUGAUAUUAUUAUGUUUUUCUAACCCUAGCAGAUACAUUUACAGUAAAUAUAAUAUUUCUUGGCUACAACAGAUUGGAGUAUCAUCAUGUUUUACACUGUUUUGCUUCGAUAAAUGUUAAUUUGACAUUGUAAUGAGAACAAAAUUAAACUGAGUUAAACUAUGGAUACUUGUGUUACUAAGUUAAUACUGCAAAAG